AUGAGCGACGACGUGGUAUGGCACUGCAUCCGCCACGGCCACUGCAGCUUCAGGGCCAAGAUCGAAACGGGCAUCUUCUGCCGGAGCCCCUACAACGCUACGGGCAUCUGCAACCGGAGUUCAUGCCCCCUCGCCAACAGCCGCUAUGCCACCAUACGCGAUCACGAUGUUAUUUUUUACUUGUACAUGAAAACUGCUGAAAGAGCUCAUCUACCAACUAAACUGUGGGAGAGCGUUAAAUUGCCAAGGAACUACGAGAAAGCAAUAGAAGUUAUCAACAAGCAUCUUGAAUUUUGGCCAAAGUUACUUGUGCAUAAAAUCAAGCAGCGCCUAACAAAAAUGACUCAGUAUCGAAUAAGAAUGAGGAAACUUCAUCUGAAAGUGAGGGAGAAGUUAAUGACUGUACCCAGGAAAAAGACUAAGAUUGAUAUCAACAAAGAGAUGAAAGCUGAGAUAGCUGCACAAAUUGAUAAGUGUAUUCAAACUGAAUUACUCGAACGUCUGAAGAAUGGUUGCUACAGUAAAAUACACAGCUAUCCCUUCGAUGAUUUUGAUAAUAUUGUGAAACUAGAUGAAGAUCAUGAUGUUCAUGUCUUAGAGGACGAAGAGGAAAAUAAGAUAGAGUACAUUGAAGCUGAUGAGAUCGAAACGGAGAUGGAUGACAUGGAGGACUUUGAAGGCCUUCUUAAAGGCCAAAAGCGGUACUUUAACAUUAGGAAUAAGUUCUUCCUUUUUGCAGGUUACACAGAUACAGAUCUUGAUCAUCUUGUAGACGAGCAAGUAGCAAAGAAACAAAAGAGAGCACAGAUUGGGAGAAGGUCUACGAAGGUUAUGAGUGAGGGAACUUUCAGUUUCCAUAAUAACCAUUCUUGA